AUGCCCACCAACGGGCUGCACCAGGUGCUGAAGAUCCAGUUUGGCCUGGUCAACGCCGCCGACCGCUACCUGACCGCCGAGCACUUUGGCUUCCAGGUCAAUGCCUCGGCGCCCAGCCUCAAGCGGAAGCAGACCUGGGUGCUGGAGCCCGACCCCGGGCAGGGCUCGGCCGUGCUGUUCCGCAGCAGUCACCUGGGCCGCUACCUGGCGGCGGAGGAGGAUGGCCGUGUGUCCUGCGAGGCCCAGCGACCCGGCCCCGACUGCCGCUUCCUGGUGCGGCCGCAGCCUGACGGGCGCUGGGCCCUGCAGUCCGAGCCGCACGGCCGUUUCUUCGGCGGCACGGAGGACCAGCUGUCCUGCUUCGCCACGGCCAUCUCCCCGGCCGAGCUAUGGACCGUGCACCUGGCCAUCCACCCGCAGGCCCACCUGCUGAGCGUCAGCCGGCGGCGCUAUGUGCACCUGUGUCCCCAGGAGGAGGAGAUGGCAGCGGACAGCAACACGCCGUGGGGCGUGGACGCCCUGGUCACCCUCACCUUCCAGAGCCGCCAGUACUGCCUACGCGCCCGCGACAGCCGCUACCUGCGCAGCGACGGCCGCCUGGUCUGGGAGCCUGAGGCCCGUGCCCGCUACACGCUCGAGUUCAAGGCCGGCAAGCUGGCCUUCAAGGACUGCGAUGGCCGCUACCUGGCGCCUGUGGGGCCCGCGGGCACCCUCCGGGCCGGCCGCAACCUGCGGCCCAGCAAGGACGAACUCUUUGACCUGGAGGAGAGCCACCCGCAGGUGGUGCUGAUGGCCGCCAAUCACCGCUAUGUGUCCGUGCGGCAAGGGGUCAAUGUCUCAGCCAAUCAGGAUGAAGAACUGGACCACGAGACCUUCCUGAUGCAAAUUGACCGGGAGACAAAGAAGUGCACCUUCUAUUCCAGUACUGGGGGCUACUGGACGCUGGUCACCCAUGGGGGCAUCCAGGCCACAGCCACACAAGUUUCUGCUGACACCAUGUUUGAGGUGGAAUGGCGAGGCCGGCGGGUGGCUCUGAAGGCCAGCAACGGCCGCUACGUGUGCAUGAAGAAGAACGGGCAGCUGGCGGCCGUCAGCGACUUUGUGGGUGAGCGAGCUUGCCGCGCGUGCCCGGGGGUCCGUCUCCCAGGCCCCGCAGGGCGGCACUCGAUCCGGGGGCCCCCAGGCCAGGAUGAGGAGUUCUCGCUCAAGCUCAUUAACCGGCCCAUCCUGGUGCUGCGCGGCCUGGACGGCUUCGUGUGCCAGCGCCGGGGCUCCAGCCAGCUGGACACCAACCGCUCCAUCUACGACGUCUUCUACCUGAGCUUCAGCGACGGCUACCUGCGCGGCGGCGCCCCGGGCCUGCUGCGCGCCGACGCGGACGCGCCCGCGGGGGCAGCGCUCUGGGAGUACUGA